AUGCUGCGGUGGGGGCUCCGUGUCGUGAGCUGCGGCCUCUCCUCCCCGGGGAGCGCGGCGUGCGCCGGGCCGUGGCGGCGGCAGCGCAGCGUUCUUACAAUGGCUGAGGAUUUGAUAGCAGCGGUUGCCAGCCCGACAAAGAGACUCAACAGCAGCAGCGAGGUGGUUCAAAGGCUGGAAGAAAACGGGCAUCAAAACAAAAGGUUGAAAAGCGAUGCGGAUGAGGAAGAUGCAGAGGAUCAGAAUAAGAAGUCACCCAAGAGGAAGAUUGUGCUGUUGAUGGCAUAUUCAGGGAAAGGCUACCAUGGCAUGCAAAGAAACGUGGGAUCUUCACAGUUCAAGACAAUUGAAGAUGACCUAGUCUCUGCCCUUGUUCAGUCAGGAUGCAUCCCAGAAAACCAUGGGGAAGAUAUGAAGAAGAUGUCUUUCCAGCGGUGUGCUCGAACAGAUAAAGGUGUGUCUGCAGCUGGACAGAUUGUGUCACUGAAAGUCAGGCUAAUAGAUGACAUCCUAGAAAAGAUCAAUAAUCAUCUCCCUUCUCACAUCAGAAUUCUGGGCCUGAAGAGAGUCACCGGGGGAUUCAACUCCAAGAACAAAUGUGAUGCCAGGACCUACUCUUACAUGCUGCCAACAUUUGCCUUUGCCCAUAAGGACCAUGAAGUGCAGGAAGAGCUUUAUCGGCUGGACAGAGAGACCCUUGAAAGGGUCAAUAAACUGCUGGCCUGCUACAAAGGGACACACAACUUCCACAACUUCACAUCACAGAAGGGCCCCAGGGACCCCAGUGCCAAGCGGUACAUCAUGGAGAUGUACUGUGGAGAGCCCUUUGUCAGGGAAAACAUGGAAUUUGCAGUGAUCAAAGUGAAAGGCCAGAGUUUCAUGAUGCACCAGAUCAGGAAAAUGAUUGGCCUGGUGAUAGCAAUUGUGAAAGGUUAUGCUGCUGAGUCCAUCAUGGAACGUAGCUGGGGAGAGGAGAAGGUUGAUGUCCCCAAAGCCCCAGGACUCGGGCUGGUUUUGGAGAAAGUACACUUUGAAAAAUACAACAGGCGUUUUGGGAACGAUGGGCUGCAUGAGCCACUGGAGUGGACAGAGGAGGAAGAGAAGAUUGCUGUUUUCAAAGAGCAGUAUAUCUAUCCUACCAUUAUCAACACAGAGAGGGAGGAGAAAUCCAUGGCAAACUGGCUAAACACCCUCCCCAUUCAUGACUUCAACUCGUCUGCUGUUGAGAUGCAAACUAACAACAAAAAUGCAAAGAAGAGCAGCGAUCUUGAAGCCAGUGAUGGUUGUGGAGAUGAUUCUGACUGAGUGGCUGGAUGUGGGACUCUUGCUGCUUGCAGUUCCCUUUGCCUACAAAAAAAGUGGCCUUUCUAAAUACAAGAGUCCAGUGAAACAGGAGUUUAUGUGCUUGCAGAACGAGGACUGGAUGCCCAAGAGAAACUAGGUGGGCCAGACAGUGCAGCAGAAAAAACAGAAGCUUUUUAUACCACUGACCAAUUCACCUGACUGAUAUACUUGAAAACAGUGUAGUGGGAAGGUAGCUUCCUAAAAAAAUCUUGAAAUGCAGGAUAUCUUAAUUGCUAUUUGAAUAAUGUUUUUAUUAUGUUUGCUUGGAAAAUAGCAUUUUAAAUAUGUAUAAUCUCUACAUAAAGAUGGGGAAAAUCAUUUUAAUAUACUCUUCUGUUAUGAAGUUAUGACUUCGUGAGCUUUUUUUUUUUAAUGAUUUACCUUUACUUAAAUUGAAUCUUUAAGCUUUUAUUUUUCAUGUCAUCCGUGGUUAUGGAUGGUUAUCAUUCCAUGUUAUGGAAUAACAUGCGUGACCCUGAGAUUAACUCAGUUGCAGUGUGGUGCUAAAAAUGCCAAGGUUGUGGAUUCAAUCCCUUUAUG